CCAUCAUGUCAGUCAAAGGAAAGCAACCAGAGCUGGACUGGCCAUUAUGGAGGAGGAGCUGCAGCAUUCACACUGUGUGAAUUGUGUCAGUAGACGGUGUAUGACCAGACCAGAGCCUGGGAUUUCCUGUGACUUGAUUGGUUGUCCAUUGGUUUGUGGCGCAGUCUUCCAUUCUUGUAAAGCUGAUGAGCAUCGACUUUUAUGUCCAUUUGAACGAGUGCCUUGCUUAAAUAGUGGCUUUGGAUGUCCAUUUACAAUGGCUCGAAAUAAAGUUGCUGAACAUCUAGAAACAUGCCCCGCAAGUGUGGUGUGCUGUACAAUGGAAUGGAACCGAUGGCCAGUUAGUUAUGCAGAUCGGAAGUCAUAUGAAAAUCUAAGCAGAGAUGUUGAUGAAGUGGCACAAUUAGAUAUGGCCUUGGCCCUACAAGACCAAAGGAUGCUCUUAGAAUCUCUCAAAGUAGCCACCAUGAUGUCAAAAGCAACUGAUAAAGUAUCACAACCUAGAGAACAAAUAUCAGUUAAAUCAACUGUUCCAGAGAUACCACAUGCUAAUGGUUUGGUGUCUGUUGAUGAAGAAUCUUAUGGUGCACUUUAUCAAGCUACUGUAGAAACAACCAGAAGUUUGGCUGCUGCUUUAGAUAUCCUGAACACCGCCACAAGAGACAUUGGCAUGUUAAGUACGAAUCUUCCUGCUUCCUCAAAUGAAAUGAACGAAGAGCAAAAUGCCAGAGAAAGCUUACAGAAUAGGAACUUGAAAGACCAAGACCAUGUUUAUGAGGAUGAGAUAGGAGCAGUAGGUGGAAUUGACCAUAACGAUGCAAAUCAGAAUGCCCAAUCUGAACAAAAUGGCUCAAGUGAUUUGUUAUGUGACUUGGAUACCAGUUCUUAUGACACUUCUGCUCUUUGUAAUGGCCUUCCUUUGGAAAAUAUAUGUACACAGGUCAUAGACCAGAAUCAGAAUUUACAUGAUGAUUCUGGAGAAAGUAACUUAACAAAUGGAGAAUGUGUAGCAUCAGAUGGCACUUCAGAACCUUCCAAUUCACUUUCAGUAGCAGCACAACUUAGGGAAGUAAUACCACCUAAUGCUUUGCCUAACGGCACAAUUCAGCAUAUCCUCAUGCCAGAUGACGAGGAUGAAGGAGAAUUGUGUUGGAGAAAAGUAGACUUAGGAGACCUGAGGAAUGUGGAUGUCUUAUCUUUCAGUCAACCUCCUUCAUUCAAAUUUCUUUCCAAUUCAUGUUGGUCUAAACCAAAGGAAGAUAAAGCAGUAGAUACAUCAGAUUUGGAAGUUGCAGAAGAUCCAAUGGGUCUCCAAGGAAUAGAUCUAAUCACAGCAGCAUUACUGUUUUGUCUAGGAGAUUCUCCAGGUGGAAGGGGUAUAUCUGAUAGUCGCAUGGUUGAUAUUUAUCACGUUGACUUUGGAACUCAGACUUUUUCACUCCCAUCUGCAAUAUUAGCUACAAAUACAAUGGUUGGGGAAAUAGCUUCAGCUUCAGCUUGUGAUCAUGCCAACCCACAGCUUUCAAAUCCAAGUCCUUUUCAGACACUUGGGCUGGAUUUAGUAUUGGAAUGUGUCGCUAGGUACCAACCCAAGCAGCGUUCAAUGUUUACAUUUGUUUGUGGACAGCUAUUUAGAAGAAGAGAAUUUUCUUCACAUUUUAAGAAUGUGCAUGGUGACAUUCAUGCUGGACUCAAUGGCUGGAUGGAACAGAGGUGUCCUUUAGCAUAUUAUGGCUGUACCUAUUCUCAGCGUAGAUUUUGUCCAUCAACACAAGGAGCAAAGAUUAUACAUGAUCGCCAUUUGAGGUCAUUUGGAGUUCAGCCAUGUGUAUCUACAGUAUUAGAAGAGCCUGCUAGAAACUGUGUGUUGGGAUUACAUAGUGACCAUCUAAGUGGUCUUCCUUUUGAGGUUCUGCAACAUAUUGCAGGCUUUCUCGAUGGCUUCAGUCUAUGCCAGCUUUCAUGUGUAUCCAAGUUAAUGAGGGAUGUGUGUGGCAGCCUGCUUCAGUCUCGUGGAAUGGUCAUACUGCAGUGGGGAAAAAGGAAGUAUCCAGAAGGAAAUUCAUCAUGGCAGAUAAAAGAAAAGGUGUGGCGAUUCAGUACUGCAUUUUGUUCUGUUAAUGAAUGGAAAUUUGCUGACAUCCUAAGCAUGGCUGACCACUUGAAGAAGUGCAGUUACAAUAUUGUAGAGAAACGGGAGGAAGCCAUCCCAUUGCCAUGCAUGUGUGUGACUCGAGAACUCACGAAAGAAGGACGUUCACUGCGCUCAGUUUUAAAACCUGUACUUUAAAAACUGUAACUCCACUUGCACAUACAUGCAAGCACCUAGUAUAAUUUCUUUGUAAUAUGUGACACUUUAUUAAUGUAUUAAAGAUUACAACUAGCUAAAUUUAUUGUCACUGUGUAUAUAAUGUUUUGAAGUGACAUAUAUUUUUAUAAAGUACUGUUUAGUUGGAAAAAAGUUGCCUUAAUGUUUGAAAUGUGUGAAAUUUUUGGAACUUGCUGGACAGGGUGAACUAAUUUUUUGCUACAUAAUUUUCAGAAUUAGUAUUUUUAAUGGUGUGCAAAUUUUGGUUCUUACAUUUUUUGCUUCUUAAACUAAUAAGAUCCUGACCAAACAUAUUUCCUCAUGUUUUUGUGGGUUGCAACCCAUACAUUCAAAAGCAAAAUUUUGAUUCACAUUUUUGCACAUAGGUUUUUCAGUUGAAAAAUUCAGUUGCUUAAACAUUGACAUAAGAUCCUUCUAAAGAUUUUAUAUUCUAGUGCUCCCUUUAUACAGUUGUUGACAUGUAGAUGGUCUCUAAUAUAUACUUAUAUAAUAUUUAAAAUUAUGGUAAUGCCAUUUAUUACAUUUUAAAAAUAAUUCACAAAGAUGUAUUCACUGUAGGUAUUUACAGCUCUCCUUCAUAGAGUGGUUCAUACACAACUUUCUUUUUAUUAGAUGCCACAUCCAAAGACUGGCAACAUAUUAUAUGACAGGUUAAAGCAAAACAAACAAAAGGCCUGUGAAUUUAUUUUAAUUUGAAGCUGUUCAUGGUAUUAUUUGCUAGGUAGUUGAUAUUAGUAGAGAAGAAAAUAUACCUCAUUUUAAGUUUGAAUUGGGCAUAUUGUGUAAAUAAAUUUCAAGCAUUCAGAAUGCAAAGGGCUUCCCUUUUUUUAUAAGUAUUUAAAAUUUUUGCUUUUUGAUGUUUAAAUAAAAUCACAACUCUGUUGCUUUAAGACAUUUAAAAAUGUGAAAUUUGGUAUCUUUGUAAGAUGACAAUCUUGAAAUGCAGAAACCUGUUGUGGUUGACAAUCUCCUUAAAACAGUUCCAGUUUAAUCUCCUAUAGCCUUCUCUAUCAAAAAAGUAAGAAGUGCAUCUUUGUGUAAAGAUCAAGGUACAACAGAAAAAUAUUCAAAGACCUAUUCUUGAACUAUUUUAUUAUAGCUUCCCAAUUUAUUAAUACUAUUAUUAACCUGAUGUGGUCAGUUUAAAAAAUGAAUGUAUCAGUAUUUAGAAACAAAUUGCAAAGAUGGGGACAUGUAUUUAAAUAAUUUGUUUUAAGUAACUUCUGGCAUUUGGUAGUCUGAAAUGGUGACAAGUUACCUUGUUAUAAAAUAUCAAAACUCUAUUGUAUCUUUUCUUCCUACACUUGUCCCUGAGAGUGCUCUAUUGUUACUAUGUUCUUGAUUCCCAUAUAUGGCAAUCAGGCUGGGCAGAGGCAUUCCUUGGGCAUUAGAAAAGAAUUCUAAACUGUUUAAAACUUGUUUUGGUUGAAUCAAGACCUUAUUAUUGUUGAAAGAUAUAGCACUAAAGUCUAAUCAAUUGUUUCACCUCACCUGUCGUUUUAAUUAGUGGAAUACUUAUUUCUCAGUGCUUAUACUUUCUUUUUCAACUGAGAUUGAAUGACAUAACCAGUCUCUAUUUCUGUGAAAACGUCAGAAAUAAGAUAUCAAAUAAUAUAACUCUGCCUUUUAAAGUUUUGUUGAAGAAUGUGUCUGGUUAGGAUAGCACAAACAUUAAGUUUUUGUUUUAUGGUUGUGCUUUUUAAAAUCCUUGGGUUUUAAAUUUAGACUUCUUGUUUCCAUACUGGAUCAUGAGAUAUUUAACAUUUUCCCACCGUUUAGUUCUUUUACACAUCAUUGGCUGUUUUCUUUUUUGUUUGUUAUGCCACCAUACUGUUUUGUUAAAAUGUGUUCUUUGUGCAACAUUUGUUCAAAUUCUAAUAAAAUUAAUAUUUUCCCUAUGUGGCUCAGUAACUUAAAAAGGAAAACUUUUAUUUAAAUAAAACUUAAUACUUGUUUAACAAAUUCCAAACGCAGUCAUACUGUUUCUGUAGAGUAUGUUUCUGCAUGUUACAGGAACUGCUUGUUGAUUAUUACUCACCCAUGUUUUACUGGUGAGCAUUAAACUUCUUUUUUAAUAUGGAAAGUUUAUCAGCUUUCUGUGCCCCCUCAGUGUCUUCUUGAAAGUAGUCCCACCUGUGGGGUAUUGAAAGGCUGAAGAGUUUCUGGCAUUAUUAUUUUUCUAAAACUUGUAAUGGGCACAAUUUAUCUAGCCUUGUAAGCAUGAAAAGAUUUGUAUGACAUCCAAGUGAAUUGUCAUUUGAGAAGUCUUUGUUAGUCUUCGCUAACCAUCAAGAUAAAGUGGCAAGUGUAGGAUGGAGAGAAAUAAUCUGAAUUCACUUUUAUCUGCUGUCUCCUUCCUCAGAACUGCCUGUUAUUUUAGUUCCUUCCCUCCCUCCUCCCCUCUCCUUCCCCUCCCUCCCUCCCUCCCCCAUAAACUCUGGGAUUGGAGCCAGCAAUCUGUUUUAACAAAAGACCUUCACGUGAUUAUGAUUCACAGUAAAGUAUGAGAACUUAGAGGAAAGACUGGAACAUGCCAGCUGUUCUCUUGAUGUGUUACUGGAGUGGGUAAAUGUGUGUAUGUACAUACAUGUGUGAUCCAAAAUUAUGAGUUAAUGGUUAAGUUAAAUGAUAUAGUUGUGUUAAUAUUAUAACCAUGUGAGAAAAUACAUUGGGUACCAUGGUUUUUGGACAUUUUUAAAAAGUAUUUACUAUAAUAUUUUAAAUUUACUGUUACUAGUGUUCUGUUCAAGGUAAAUUGUAAUGCAACUUACAGUUCAUUAGCACUUACAUUUAGCCUAGUUAUCAAUUUUUCUCUUGUUUAGUGGUUACAGAGUGAUGUGAAUGUAUUAGAUUUCUAGGAUAAGUAAAGAGUGUAGAAGUAGAUAAAUACUGGAUUAAAUCCUACAAAAAUAUUUGUAGGAAUCCUUUCAACCCUAUCAAUGAAGGAUUUUAAAGGUUGAAUUGUUGGUUUAUCAAUAGCAUACAAUCUUUUUUGGUCUUUGACCAUGUGUUGCAUACAUAACCCCAUCAAUAUUGUUGCUGUUUGCUAUCCCUUAACAUUGGGUAUUGGGAUCAUAGUAACAUUGAAGAUAAUGGGGUCAAUAAAACUUUCAUAUUCUUUGAAGACAGGGUAGUUUUAUUACUAUAUUGAUAACAGAUUUUUACCUCUGGUGGUUUGAAUGCAUUGUUUGGCAUUUAGGAGCAAAACACAUUUAAGUUUUGCAUCUCAACUUAAGAAUGGGGUUUAUUAAUUUUUAAAAAUGUCUAAGGAGUAAUUAUGCAAACAUAAAAAAUGUGUGUGUUUCAUGCAUGACACCACAUUAGAAGGUGAUAUGACUGGGUCCUGCAGAGGUGGGUGUUUAGAACUGCAGCAGAAGGAAAGCAAUUGGCCCUCAUUCUUUCAAAAGGCUGGACUAAGCUUCUGAUGGAAAGAAUUUCUUGGAUAUGUGUUUGGCUGAUCAGCUAAAUACUGUUCUAAGUAAUCUUACUUAACAUGCUCAUGAGGCCUAGGAAGAGAAUAUUAGUUAUGCCUUUAAACAAAAUCAACUCAUCAGUGAGUUAAAAUAAUUGUGUCCAUUGUGUUAAAAUAAUUCAAUAUGGGUUUACUUAGGAUUUGAUCUAAAUCUGAUUUCAAACAAAAACAUAUGUAGAAGUAGAGGCCAACUCUAAAGGAGUAAACUUUCUAAAUAAGGAAAGAAGAAUGGUUUCUUUCUAAAGUCGCCUUCCGUGGAAUUACUUUGAUUUAAAGGAUCAAAGUAAGUUCAAAAAGAUGUUCUUUAAGUUUCCAAUAUAUGGGUAGAAAACUGCGGCUCUCCAAGUUUAGGUAUUGAUGAGUGUGGAGGUAUUUUGAGAGAAAUGUGUCCCGGCAUGGUUCAUUUUUCUACUUUAAAAAUACAGAAAGAGAAAGGACAUUUAGAUAUAAGGAAAUUACUUUGGAAAAUAUCGUUGCCUAGAAUGUUUGAUUCCUAAUAAGUGUUCAGAAAGAGUUUUGGGUAAUACCAAAAAGAAAAGUAGAAACUAAGUAAGGUAUGUUGCUCUGAAAAUCCUUUGCAAAAACUAGUGUCUUUUGCUGAAAUUGUUUCAAGUAUUUUAUUGCACCUGUGAGUAGUAACAUUCUAUACAUUGUUUAUAUGUAUAUUUAUUUGCAUGUAUAAUCUCCAUAAAUUGGCCAAGUAGAUUUUAAUACAUCUUGAGAUGUAUUAAUGGAGAUACAUCUUGAGGUGCUUUUUUCUAAAUCUUAGAAUGUUUGAUGUUCCAAUGUAUUAUGUGGGAAGUGACUUUUCAUUAAUUUAAUGAACUACAAAGAAAUAGGUUAAAAGGAUGAGUUUUAAAAUGCUUUAUAGAAAUACAGUAAAAACUCAUUGAUAUGAAUCUAUUAUAUAUUUUUUAAAUAUUUUUGACUUGCUGGACUGAAGUGAGUAUUCUUUACUAUGAAGAAAAGCAUUUCUAAAGCAAACUGAAAAACAAGGGAAAUAUGUUUCUUUUUUCACUAACACCAAUAAAAUCUCAAGCACCCCCAAGUCAUUAUUAGUCCAUUUGCAUGCAAAUAGGAGAUGGUUCUUCAAUGCAUAGCUAGUUCUAGUGGUGGUAAUAGUGUAUGUGUUUGAAAGUAAUAAAACAACAUUUCUGUUGAAUUAUUUAAGAUUGGCAAAAUCAUCAGGUCAAAUUAUUUUUUCCCAGUAAAAGCAGAUAAAUCAGGUUUAAUUUUUUACCUUUUUCUAAUAUAAAUUUAGAAUUUUCUCAAGACAAUAUCCUUAAACAGAUAAUAGGUUGAUAUGUGUUGGUUCAUUCCUUGGCAGAAGGGCUGACUAGUUAGAUUUCUAUACCAGUCAAAGAGUAACAUUAACUGUUACAUUAUUAUUAUUCAGUGGUCUAAUAUAAGAACAGUAGCAAUAAUUUGUUAUUGCUCAAAAGAUUGAAGUUGAAAAAAGGAGACCCUGCCCUUUGCUAUUCUCUAGAUGCUUUUUUCAUUGAAAUCCCCCCCCCCAUUAAUUUAUAUUAUUGCUUUUUAUCCCAUAACUUGAAUUUUCUUACCAGGUGAUCAAAAAACCUAGUUUUGCUAAUCAGCCUGUGAUUAGUAAUUUUUGUCCAUACGUUUACAUUUUAUUAAGUAACUUCAACUUCUUUUAAAGUAUCUCAGCUCAAAAAUUUGUAGUAUGGAAAAAUUGAAGUAUCAUUCAGGUUUAACCGUAUUAUUUGAUUAAAAGAAACCAAACCAUAGAAAUGGAAGCCAUCAUGGGUACUGCAUCCGGUCAAGAGUAGAACUAUCCAGUGAAUAUUUAAUUAUGUCAAAUGGAUGGCUUCAUAUCAAUUGAUAACUUUUAAAAAUUGUUACCUGUAUUAGAGAUUUGAAGUAAAGUGGAGAAUGGUAUUGAUUCCCUACAUUCCAAUAGUUUUGUGAUGAGAACUAUGACAUGAAUUGCUUUGAAUGAUUAAUAAUUUGGUGGACAUGAAUUCUAAAGAUUUUUAUGUUGCAUUUAAAAUGUUAAAACUGUAUUGUUCAUUUGAUCAGUGUUUAAGCACCAGUCAAUCCUGAACACUUGAAUUGCAUUCUGAAAGGUAAUUGCACUGACUCCUUUACUUACCUCAGAGGUCAUUAUAUCUCUUUUUGAUAAUUUACAUUAAUAAGUGUUUUCUUCUUAAAUGUGAAUGGAUAUGGUUUUUCUUGAAAAAAGUAUUAAGUGAAAAGCUAGAGACAAAAGGCCACAUAUUGUAUGAUUCCAUUUAUAUGAAAUACAUAUCCAGAAUGGGCAAGUCCAUGGAGACAAAUCAGAUUAAUGGUUGCUAGGAGCUGGGGAAGUGACUGUUAAUGGGUACUGGUUUCCUUGUGGUGAUGAAAAUAUGCUAGAACCAGAUAAUGUGGAUUGCACAACAUUGUGAAUUUUCUAAAUGCCACUGAAUUGUACAACUGUGACAGUAAUUGGCUUCAAUGUCAACGCUCAUUUUUCACCUUUUACAUUUUUUUAUGAUUCCUUGUGGCACAUGUCAAUUUAAAGGUCCGUAUUUAAUAUCAUGCUUUGAAAAAAUUUAUAAAUAAUUUUCAGGAUUAUUUUUAUAGUUUUAUACUUUGUUUUCCUUUUAAAGAACAAAUACAAUGAUGUGUUAGAUAAGACUAAAUUAAUAAAUUGAAUUACUGUA